AUGACAGACAAAUACCCAACCCCCACCGUUGCUGAUCGGCCACGCAUGGAGGUCUACGAGCAUAACCAUGAUAGUAACAAUGACCGCCAUACCCUCGAAUUGGCCGAGCUGGAGAGAAAAGUCCGGUGGAAGGUAGACCUGCGUCUCUGUAGCAUUGCCGGCCUACUAUGCAGUCUGAACCUGAUCGAUUCGGGCAUUUUAUCCUCCGCAGCUGUAACAACAAUGUUAAGUGAUCUCCAACUAGACCAGGGAUCCCGGUACUCGGUAUCAAUCUUCAUUUUCACCAUUGCCAGCGUCGUCUUCCAACUCCCCUGUACCAUAGCCGUACGAUUCGUCGGUCCACGACUCUGGUUUUCAACAAUCACCUUCGCCUUCGGAGUGAUAACCCUCUGUACAGCUUUCGUUCAUACAUGGCGCCAAAUGAUUGCCCUGCGCGUGUUACUCGGUAUCGCAAUGUCGGGUAUAUACCCUGGACUGACUUAUCUAAUCAGCGCCUGGUAUCCUCGACAUGAGCAACAGUUGCGUUUCGCGUUCUUGCAAUCUGGUGAAGUCAUUGUGUUGGCAACUGGGAAUAUUGUCAAUUUUGGUUUGAAUCAUUUGAAUGGUUCUGCUGGGUUGGCGGGGUGGCGCUGGAUGUAUCUUGUUCAGGGACUGGUUGCUUGUGUGUUGGGUUUUGUCACUUAUUGGUGGAUGGUUGAUUUUCCGGAAAACUCGGCUCGAAGCUUUUAUUUCUUGUCUGAAGCUGAAGCGCAGGUGGCGUCGCAGAGGAUCCAGAAGGAUCGAGAUGAUCUUGUCCCUGAGCCGUUUUCAUGGGCGAAACUACUUUCUAGUUUUCGAGAUAUCAAGAUCUAUGGAUUUGCUUGCAUGUUCUUUCUUUUGAAUCUGGUUUCGACUUCCUUGUCUUAUUUCCUACCUAUGAUUCUGGAGAAUGGAAUGGGAUUCAAUUCAGACCAGUCGAUUUUACUUUCGACUCCGCCUUAUUAUUAUGCCGUGAUCCCUGUUCUUCUCACUUCGCUAGCAGGUGAUCAUUUUCGCAAACGCGGUCCAUUUAUCGUCUUUAAUGCGCUUUGCUUGGUAGUCGGGUUCCUGAUGCUUGGUCUACCAAAUUCGACGCAGGUGACAGUGCGAUAUAUUGGGACAUUUCUGGCUACCGGCGCUUACAUUUCGAAUUGGGCAGCUCUCAAUGCUUUUCAAGCGAAUAAUGUUGCUGGUCAAUGGAAACGUGCGGCUACCUCGGCUGCUGUUACUGCUUUCAAUGGACUCGGUGGUAUAGCGGGUAGCUAUAUUGUUCGUUCUCAAGAGGCUCCGCAUUACCAGACAGCGGUUUGGGUAUCAAUUGGAUCUCAUCUUCUUAUGAUUGCUCUUGUAGGAGCGUUUACUAUCUACUUCUACAUUAUGAACCGACAACAGGCAAGGAGCUUGAAAAUAAUAGAGGGCACGCCUGGAUUCCGAUACACAUACUAG